CUGGGUAUCUGGCCGCGACCCGCACGGCCGCACGUACUACUACCACGCUGCGACAAACACGAGCCGGUGGGAGCCUCCGCCGGCAUCGCUUGUGGCCCCGCCGGCGCUUGUGGCCCCGACGCCGCCAGCCCCGGCCCCGCCAGCGGUUGCCACACCCGCUGCCAUGCCCUCCACCCCUGCCUCUACGCCCGCCCCUGCCUCUGUUGCGCCGGCGCGCUCCGCACCAGCCCAACCGGCGGCACGGCCAGUGGCGGCACAGCCAGCGGCGGCUCAGCCAGCGGCGGCUCAGCCAGCGGCGGCGCAGCCAGCGGCGCAGCCAGCGGCGCAGCCAGCGGCGCAGCCAGCGGCGCAGCCGGCGGCGCAGCCAGCGGCCCCUCCUCGGCCUGCACCGAGUGGCGGCGCGGCGCUGCCUCCGGGGUGGCAGUCUGGGGUCGACCCGAAGAGCGGCGUCACCUACUACUGCAACCCGACGCUGAACGUGACGCAGUGGGAGUAUCCGACUGCCUGA